AUGUCCUCUCGAGCAACUACAUCGACACAUCAGUCGAGAAGGCAUAGAUCAAGAUCGCAACAAUCGCGAUGUGUGGACGUUGAGAAACCAAAAAAGAAGAAAACAUUGAGUAGUACAAGCUUAAUAUCAAUUCCAAAUACAAUAAAGCUCAGUAUGCUCAAUAGCGGUCUUUUAUCUUUCGAUAAGGUUAAGCUAUCUGUUAAGGAUGAAAAUAAUCCUCUAUCACAAACGAUACCAGACUCUCCGACUGAAUUAAAGUUUUUCAUAAAAUUAUGUGAGCAACGGCGCAAGUUUCCCGUUUUAUACAAAAUUGAAUUUACAACUGCCGUUGAGACAAACUCAUGUCGACAUGCGACGAAAAAGAAUAAUUUGGAAAAAAAUCAAAAUCAGAAGACCGUACCGUAUGAUUAUAAUAGAGUUGUUUUGCAAAAAAUUCCUGGCAUUACUGAUUCAGACUAUGUUAAUGCAUCAUAUGUCGAUAGUCUUUUAAAGCCAAACGCUUAUAUUGUAAGUCAAGGUCCGACAGAAGAGACAGUUUUUGAUUUUUGGCGAAUGAUUUGGCAAGAACAUGUAUCGUGCAUUGUGAUGCUUACGAAGACUUUUGAUUUUACAAAAGUAAUGUGCUUACAAUAUUGGUCAGCAUCUAAAGAAAAAGACGAGUGUUAUGGUGAACAGCCUGAACAUCAGAUAUACAUAGGAGUCGUAAAGGAAGAAGAAUUGGCAAAUUUCCAUAUUCGAACAUUUAGAUUGUAUAAAAUGCACAACAAUGUGAGAGUCGAGGAGAGAAUUUUAUUGCAAUUUCAUUAUACAGCAUGGUCAUCACAUUCAUGUCCUUUCUCGAAUGCAAUUCUUGAAUUUCGUAGACGUGUACGAAACGUUGUAGGAAAUACACUGAAAUCAGAUCGACCGAUGCUUGUUCAUUGCAAUGAUGGAGGAGGACGUAGUGGAGUAUUUAUGGCUAUUGAUGCGAAUAUUGAAUUAGCGGAAGAAGAGGAUUCAUUUUAUGUCUUCGGAUAUUUGAAGAAACUUCGUCAAUCGCGGAAGGGACUGAUUGAGACUGUUGAUCAAUAUAAAUUUAUUUACGAUACAUUGGAAGAAUAUGUUGUUUGCGGAAACUCAUUCUUUCCCGUAAAAGACUUAUCACAAAAGCUCAAACAAAAGAGCAUAAAAGAUGCUGUGACAAAGCUUAAUGAAUACCAAAGAGAAUAUGCACAGAUAUGUAAGCAAACUCCGAGAUUUUCAAUCGGUGACUGUGCUGGUGGUCAUAGAGCAGACAAUCGUGAGAAGAAUAGAGAUGUUCUUUGUGUUCCACCUGAUAACUUCCGUCCGUAUUUGACGUCAUUUCAAGGCAAUGCUUUUACAGACUAUAUCAAUGCAGUCUUUGUUGACGGCUACACAAAACCGAGAGAAUAUAUUGUAACUGAAUGGCCAUUAAAAUCUACUUGUGGUGAAUUUUGGAGUUUAGUUUAUGAUCAUGAAUGUUCUGCCGUUGUUGUUCUCUGCCAACCACCUCAUAAUUCCCAAACUUACCCAGGAUUUUGGCCCGAAGGUCGUCAUAAAAGCAAAAAGUACGGUCCGGUAUUUACAAUUGAUCACAUUUCACACAAUCAUUAUACAAACAUCAAAACUUGGAUAUUUCGUAUCAAUAAGAAGGUUAUUUCCCUUACUGAAUUGAUGGCUGGCGUUAAAGCAGUUCCACGCACAGUUCAACUUUUCCAAUUGACGUGCUGGCCUUUGUCUCAUAAAGUACCGACAAGCACAAAUUCAUUAGUUGAAUUGAUGAAUAUGGUUGAAAGGUGGCGACAGAAGGCAUUGGGUCCCGUUGCUGUGGUUUCUCCUGACGGUCGAUCUCGUGCGGGGGUUUAUUGUGCUGCAAAUGCUUGUAUUGAGCAAGUGAUACAACAUUCAGAGGUUGAUGUUUUCCAAGCAUCGAAGACUGUUAGACGACAUAGACCUCAAUUAAUAGAUAAUAUGGUAAUAUUAAAUAUAUUUUUCUCAUGCCAAAAUUCAUUCUGUUAUUCUCUUGUUUUCCAUUCCUUUUACAAACAUUAUUCACCGACUAUAACAUUUAUCGAUUUGAUUUAUUUUAGACGGAAUAUAAAGUGA